AUGAGCAGCCUUACAGGACUCUCAGCCAUGGCGCGAGCUCUUCUGCUGGCCUUGGCCGUGAUGGCCUCGGGUCAGCAGGCGCUGCAAGAGUCACCCGAAGCUCCGAAGGAGUUGGACGACGUGACCUGGACCUGCGCCUCGCUGUUGAUCGCCUUCGUGGUGUUCUCCGGCUUCUUAGUCUGCCUCCUGCACUGGAACAACAAGGAUAUCAGGAAGGAGGCCUGGGCCUUGGUGAACACGACCAUCUCGAUCUUCUGCGCCUCUGGCAUUGACUUUGCCUUGUAUCGGUUGAUCAGGUUGGUUCUCCCAGAGGAGCAGAGGGAAGCUCCACAGCAAAGCUGGUGGUUUCUUGGCCUGGUUUUGGGGUUCACCUGUCUCGCACCACUGCUCCUCUACUGCCGGCUUCUCUCCAUCGAUGAACAUCAGCAUCAACGGUUGUUUGCCUGGAGCACCAUGGGUGGCCACAUUUGUGCCUUCCUGGCCGUCUUGUAUUUCGGCCUUCUGCAGCAGACGAAGGGGCCGCCUUGGAUCUCCAUCCCAAUCUGGGUUUGGCUUCUGCCUCUGCUUGCCUUGGUCUUUUUCCUGGUCAUGAGGCUCAUCAGCCGCCUCUUGGCGAGGUGCUGUGGCCAGGAUCACAAGCGCAUGCAAGCCCAUCAAGCCGGGGACGCCUUAACGGAGGCCUGUGCUAUUACCGUGUCCUUUCUGCUGGUGCAGGCUGUGUGCUACCACAUGAGCACCGAAUGCGACCCGUGCUACCACUCGAAAGUUCAUGAGUGUGAUGAGGAACCCAGCAUUGAAUGCGAGGCAGGGCGAUUCAUGCCCAUCAUGCAUGGUGAGUUUGGGACUCACAUCGACUCCUGCGUUUUGUGGCUUUCCCUUCUUGCCUUUGGACUGAUGCUGGGCUCCAUCCUUUGGUCCCUCCGAGCGCAGCGGGCGAUCCUGGACCACGCGGAGGCCGAGGCUUCCGAACUUUGCCCGUCACGGCCGCGUGGUGCGCGCAGCGUGCUGGAGUCAUCGGCCUCUACGGCGGCAUAG